AUGAUUGAAAAAAAAAGUUCAUUUAUAUAUAUAUUAAUAAAAUAUUUAUUUGUUAAAUUAUUAUUAACAUUAAUAUCAUCAAUAAAUUGGAUAUAUCUUAUUAUAUCAUUGAUUAUUAAUAUAUAUAUUAUAUUAAAAGAAAUGGAAGAGAAUGAAAAAAUUUCAAUUGAUUAUAUAUCAUCAAUAAUAUAUGUUUUAUUUCAUUAUAUUAUAUUUACAUUAUCAUAUGCUGAAAUUCUUCCAUGGGAAACAGCUAUUGUCUUUUUUUUUAGUUUUUUUAUUACUUAUUAUAAUAGAAAAUUAAGUUUAUUAACAAAUAAAUCAUAUAGAAAUUGUUUACCAUUUGGAAAAAGAAAAGAAGAAUUUGAUUUAAAUAUUAAUGUCUUAAUGAUAAAAUAUCUUUUAACAAAUAUUUUUUUCUAUAUUUAUACACUUCAUUUAUGUUUAACAACAAUUUGUACACCAGAUAUGUAUUUUAAUUGGUUUCUUAUUAUUAAAAAUUGUCGAUAUACAUAUUCAAGUUUACAUUCAAGUUAUACAUUAUCCGGUGGAAUUCUUGUAUCACUUCCAUGGAUUAUUAUUUCAACUUAUUAUUUAAUUCUUUAUACAUUCAGAUAA